AUGGGUACCCGGCGUCGUGUUCUAGAUCACAUCUGGGAGCUCUUUUCAUAUUCAAGGCAGGUGUACGAAGUGGCCAACCUUAUUAGUACCCGGGCAGAUGAUAUUCUCCAGUUGGCAUAUCUAGUAACUGAAGAAGUAUUUCUCUGUGAAUCUUCUAUUCCUGCUCUACCAGCAUCCAGUCAGCGAUCUAUCGAGACAUGGGAGCAGAAUAAAGACCUACAGUGUACCAGGGCUGAACUACAAUUAAAGCCACGCACUGUUGAUAACUGGCACGACGCCUUUCUGCAACAUACCAGAGGAUACCUAUUACUAUCUAUAACAGUCGACCAUUUCAUGUCUGUUGGGAAUUUGCCGGGGUAUAAUUCUCUGCCUGACCUGGUUUGUUCCAUGCCGCCGCUUGAGCAGCACUACGCCAAAUAUCAAAUGGAUCCCAAGGUGUUGGCCCAAACGGUGGAAUGUAGCGAUCAUGAUCCCCCAGUGUCUGAGGUGUUGGAUGCUACCACGUCGACUAAUUGGAACGAUUUUGACUCUGCCCUCGAGGUGGAGGGACUGGAUCACGCCGAAAUGUGGACGCUGGCUGAACUCUCUACGUCUUAUGGUUCCUACAUUAGCGGUUUUGCCCAUGAAUUCCUUGGCGCCGCUCCUCUCCUAUAA